AUGAGAAUUACAGGGUCGAAUCACAUUGAACUAUUCAACUUACAGGACAAGGCGCAGCUUUCGUCACCAUGUCUGAUUGUUCAUGGCAAAUGUUCAAAAAGUACCGAUGCUAAGAUGAUGCAGGUGUCGCAUCCUCAAUUAGCACCAGUUACAUAUCCCAUCAACGAGGGAUUCUUCAAAGCUACAAUCAUGCUCACUCCAGGCGAAAAUAUACUGACAUUUGUGACAGACACGAACGUCAGCAAGACUGUCACCUGCUCCUAUACGCCUCUAUUGCAGAAUCCACCCGUUCACAUGUGUCUACUGAUCGCCAAAGAUUCUCCUUUAGCAUAUGACUGCCCUAAGAUCCAAAGAGAUAGGGAGGGAGGUAAUGGGCUCGACUUGGCAAUAAAAAAGCUAAAAAUGGGUGCUCAUUUGAUGCAGGCCUUCACUAACGAACAAAUGUUGAGAGCUGGAUUUGGUAAUAGGACGUUCAGGUUCGAAGAAGAAUUUGGCCCAGAUUAUACUUUCAAGCAACAAACCGAAAUGAGAAACUCGGUUAAAAUCCACAUCAUUCGCUGCAAUAAGACGACUAGCGAGCUGAGGAAUCACGAUCUUGCACAACAAAAUCCCAAAGCUUCAAAUGCUGGCGGGUUGUUUGGUAUAGCUAUGGAAACCUUGAAAGGCUAUGGCGGUCCUUUUGCUGCAGAGAAUAAGCCUGUACAAGCGGCUGUCAUGUUUUUAGACACUCACUGGGAUGGUAAUUUUAUUACUGCCCACGCUGCUCUUGGCGGUGGUGAUGAUCGAAUAAAAUUAGCGAUAUUCGGAUCCCAUGGAUUAUAUUCAUGGCCUACUUGUAUCGAAGAUGUCGUUCCAUAUUUUAUGGAUGACACUCGAACUUCACUAAACGAAGUAGCCAACGAUAGUGGUGAAUGUGGAACUCAUUGGGAAACUCUCAAUGUGACACUUGGUGCUUUCAUGCAUGAGAUUGGUCACUUAUUAGGAUGUCCUCAUCAAGUGAAUGGUGUGAUGUUGCGAGAUUAUGUGCGGUUAAACAGAUCAUUUCUUACAAAAGAAGCUUUCUCUUCCAAAAACAACUCCUAUGGGGCAGCAUCUCCCAUUUACCCAAAAGAGGAAUGUACAUGGAAUCGUUUAGACCUGGUAAGGUUUUUAUACCAUCCUUCCUUUACACUUCCAGCAGAUUACUAUGAUGCCUCAUACUUAAGACCGGGAAUGCUUGGUAAUUUCAUUGCCCCACAACCUUCUCUAUAUCCUAUUGGAAAAGGAGAGUGCAAUAUAAGUGGUGAGACAGGGAUUUUUUUGAUUGAACUUAUUUGUGGAGAUUUGGCUCAUGGUUCUAUUGAAUAUUUACCCAAAAGCUUAGGUGGAAGUGGUCCACAAAGAAACAUAGUUGUCUCAUUAGAUGACCUUCGUUCCCGCCUACCGAAGGAUAAAAUUGAACAGUUCGGAAAUUCAUUUGCUCUGAAAGUGUUGUCGGUUAAUGCUUCUGAGGUAACAAUUCCAAACUUUCCCUCAUUUUUGAACGUCGAACCUAUUCCUAUGAAAAAAUAUGGAUUCUCAAGUGAGGUUGUGGGAUUUAAGUCUCAAUUGUUUGGAAAUCCAAAUGGUGGCCAGGACGCUGGAAUAAUACCAAUUGACAUAAGAAAUGUUACUGCGCUGAGAAUUUUUCAUGGUGGUGCGCUCGAUGGGGUGAGAGUUUAUAUGAGGCGUCCUACUUCCACGAACGCUCCACCAAUCCCACCGAGAAAUUCAAUCAAGAAACUAGUGCACUCUUUUAAAGCUGCAACUGUCAAUGAGAAUAACACCGAUAGUGUACUAUUUGGCAAGCAGACCAAUGAUUUCACAGAUGUCGUAUUAGAGCCAGGUGAGUAUUUGACGGGGUUCAAUGUUCGAUCUGGUGGUUGGGUUGAUGCUAUUCAAGUGUUAACAAGCGAAGGCCGUGUGUCACGUAUGAUGGGCGGCGCUGGAGGAGGUCUUGGUGAAUUAAGUCCACCAGCAGGCCAGUAUAUUUUAGGAUUGCAAGGUAGAAUAGGUCAAUGGGUUGAUGCCUUUGGAAUCAUUUACGGCCCUCUUUGA